AUGGAGACGAGAGACACUACAGUUGCAGACGAUGUGGCCGCUGUCAGACGAUACUGGGGAUCAGAGCAGGAAUACAGCAACGAUGAAUUGUUUGCAAUUGCUCAGCGCCAGUGGGAGAGUGAGCACCGCAGUGGUGGGGAUGCCGCAAGAGAGUUUGUGCUGCAAAUGGUGGCCAAUCGACUGGAAGACCAACUUCUGACGUGGCUAUUACAGUCCCAAGUCAAUGAUACAAUCGAAGAUAUCCAGACGCUCCUUGAUGUUUGCUUGCAUCCUUGUUCUACAGAGAACGGGUUGGGUCUUUUGGAGACGACGUUGGAUGCAUUGGUGACGGCAGCAGUUGUUCGAGCUGCUGCUUGUGAUCGAAGUGCGGAGAACCGGGUGCGACAAAUUGCUGAGAUUGCAGGAGUCGUCGAGGCAAAGUCGACGAAAGAUAGUCGAGCUCGUGAUGUUUUACGAGCAUUGGGAAAGUGCGGUAGUAACAUUGACGAUGUAGAUGGUAUGACCGUGUUUUCGGAGCUCCCAUGUGUGCUGGAUACUGGACUGUUUAGCUCAAAAAGUGCUCGAGUACUGAUGGAUGAAGCUGAACAAGUUAUUUUGCUACAACAAGCUGAGCUGGAUAGAGUACGAGGGUCAAACGAAGGUUGUGCUGAUGUCGAGGCAAGAGAAGGAUGUCCACUAGCAUCGAAUAUGCUAUGGGGUCUUGCAAAGCAAAUGGUAGAGUUGAUUCGAUCAAAAACCAAUCAAAACGCUUUCCGCGAAGAUUGCCGCACAGAUCUGGACAUCGCGGUCGAUGCUGUCGAGUGCAUGACGAAUUUGGAGGCGUAUCUAGAGAUGAAAGGAGAAAUCAGUCUGCCUUGUGGUUCUGAUCGUUCUGAUCAAGUUGCUGCUGAUGAAGAUGCGGAGCCUUCCGCCAUUGAGUUGCUCUCAAGCAUCCAGGUCUUGUCAGACACUGGUGAGUUCGUUUCGAAUGAAGCCAUCGAGAGAGCUGUGGAUGAGCUAUCUGCGAUAGAAAAGCUUGAUGUGAUCGCUGUUCAAGCGUCGUUCCUUCUUGGUGUACAAAUGCGUCUCGAGGUUUGUUUCUUAGACCGUUUCGAAGCCACAAAAAGUGAACUCGAGCGUCAAAUCAUAAGCAUAUUCAACCGUCUUGUAGACAAGGCUCCAGAUUCGAAGCAUACUGCAUCGUUGGUCAUUCUGGCUGCGUUUUGUCCGAGGCAAGUCGUCCAGCAGUGCAUUCUCGGCGCUCGUGCAGGCGUUCUACAUCAAGACUUGUGUACAGAGGUGCUACAGGCGUUGCCGUUGCUUCUCGAAUGGAACGAAAACGUCACGUACGGGUGCGGAACGAUGUUUGAGUGCGAACUUCAACGAGCUGUGCUUGAUGUUUGCAGCAACCAAAACACUUUUGAUCGGGAAAGUCAAAACAUGAUGUCACUUCUCCAGUCCGUCGUGGAAAUUCCGAAAAGUGGCCUUUUACAUCCGAACAUUCCAGUGAUGACGGUCAGUAGGCUCGUUGAUAAAGUGGUAAGUCCUGUUUGCUGUCGAACCGGUGUAAACGCGCGAACGCAGCUCAACCUGUACACACUCGUGCAGCAGUUAUUUGAACACUUUGCGACGACCGAUGCGUGUGCGACUGCUGAUCGUAGCGCUUUGCAGAACUUUUUCCAGCUAAUUCUAGGAGCUGUGCGCUCUUGCGACGCUAAUGACCUGACAUCGAGGGUACACGUUCACGAGAAGUUACUUCUUGUACUGAAAAACAUCAUGGAGUUGAUACCCGGCCCCGUGUCGAUGGCGCAGCAGCUGGAUAGACCGCUUCAUCCGUCGCUAUGGACGCUUUUGCGCAUCUUCUAUGGUGAUAUCGUCAACCGCGAACUAUGUAAGGGUUGGGAUGAUGUUGCGCUCGUCAAAGCGUACGCGCAGGCACAAUCGAUCGGUGACUUGCAUGCAUCGCUGCCACUGCACGUUCAGAGCGUGACUUCAGCUAUCCAAGUGUUACUUUGGGAGUUGAUCUGGAAUUCGACACAAUCGGAACAGCUAAAUCCAACGUUUGGCAGGGCUGAAGCGUGGAGUCUUUUGGAUGUUAUUGCUGGACCCAAUGUGUUUAAGACGGACUCUGCUGUUUGUACGAUUGAAGGCUCUCUCCUCAUACAACGUGCGGUUGCAAGCAUAAUGCUUGCGUGCGGCAGUGUCAUUUUUCAAGCACUGCUUGACAAAAUUAUUCCCCGCCUGCUGCGGUGUGAGCCGAAUGAGUCAAACGCGGAGCCGAAUGAGUCAAACGUCACUUCGGGAGACAGUCUUGAACUGCCCAAGUGGGCCGCGGACAAGCUGUUUCAGCAUUCCGAAGGCGAGCUGCAAAUUCCGUGUCGACUCGUUGCGACUCAUUUAGAGAUGCGAUACGUUGCAACUUGCUGGCGCCUCCUCGAUACAACUAGAGAGGCGACUGCGACAACAGACGCGCAGGUUUUGGAAUCCCUCAGCCAUGUCCUGGCUGCCCAAGACCGAGCUGUCUCAUCGUCUCAGGGGUCACUGUCAGGAACGUUGUUUUGUGUCCAGUGGCUGUGUUUCGUGGCGUCGACUGCUGGUGAGCUGCAAUCGGACACGGGACCACCAUCGACCACUCUUCAGAUACAGCUUGAGCUAUUGCUUCUCCGUGCGUUGCACCAGCUAGAACGAUUGAAAGGACUAUCGGCGAGUGAAGCACAGUUCAGCCAGGGUUUUGUGGCGGCGUGGCUGGCCUACCUACCUUUCGGUCAGUUUAAAAAGGUUUUAUCUUUCAUAGCGAGCAGGACGAACAACUAG